CCCACUCACUCGCCUUCUCCUCGCUUCGUCGUCUACAUAACCCGGCCGCUCUGUUCUCGUGCUCCCUCUUCCACUCGUCUCGCCAUUAAUUAAAGCUCCGGAAAACAAUUUCCCUCUCCCAAAUCCUCCAGAUAUAGCCCCCCUACCACACCCCAGCAAACUCUCACGCGCGCGCGAAGCAUCGGCUCUGCUGGAUCCCCCCCUUUGCCUGGGCAUUUGAUUUCCCCCCGAAUUUCCCAUCAUUUUGGGUUUAUCGGCCAUCUGUGGCGGCAGCUCGGGAUAGGGCUCGCGGGGAUGAGGUUGCAUGGGGAUGUGUCGGAUGAUGAAGAGGAGGGUGCGGUGAUGGAUCCGGCACUGCUGUCUCCGUCAUCGCCGCCCGCCGGUGCGGCGGCGGCGGCUGCGUCGAGGCUGGUGGUGGGCUACGCCCUCACGAAGAAGAAGGUUAAGAGCUUCCUCCAGCCCAAGCUGCUCCUGCUGGCGAGGAAGAAAGGAAUUAGUUUCAUAUCAAUUGAUGAGACUCAUCCUCUCUCAGAACAAGGCCCAUUUGAUAUCAUCUUGCACAAGAAAACUAGCAAGGAGUGGCAGCGGUUUCUGGAGGAUUAUCAUGAAGUGCAUCCAGAAGUCACUGUCCUCGACCCACCCAAUGCCAUUGAGCAUCUGAACAAUCGACAAUCGAUGCUUGAAGAAGUAGCAGAUUUGAACCUGUCCAGUUUCUAUGAAGAAGUUUGCACUCCACGCCAACUGGUCAUUAUGAAAGAUCCGUCCUCUAUACCAACUGCAGUUGCCAUGGCUGGGCUAACCUUGCCAUUGGUUGCCAAGCCAUUGGUUGUUGAUGGAACAUCUAAAUCUCAUGAGCUAUCUCUGGCAUACGAUGAGGCGUCCUUGCCAAUGCUUGAUCCUCCUCUGGUACUCCAGGAAUUUGUGAAUCAUGGUGGGAUCCUCUUUAAGGUGUACAUCAUUGGUGAAGCUAUACAGGUUGUCCGCAGGUUUUCUCUUCCUGAUGUUAAUACCUAUGACUUACUAAACAAUGUUGGCAUCUAUCGACUUCCAAGAGUUUCAUGCGCUGCAGCAAGUGCAGAUCAUGCAGACCUUGAUCCUCGUAUUGCAGAGCUUCCUCCGAGACCACUUCUAGAGAAACUAGGCAGGGAGCUUCGUGGUCGUCUGGGUCUAAGAUUGUUCAACAUAGAUAUGAUUAGAGAGCUUGGAGCAAAUGACCGGUACUAUAUAAUUGAUAUCAACUACUUCCCAGGAUAUGGGAAAAUGCCUGGCUAUGAGCACAUAUUCACCGAUUUCUUGCAAAGUCUUGGGCAAAACAAAUACCAAAGGUGCUUGAGCGGAGGCUGAAGCGCUGGUAGCCAUACUUGUUCACUAAUGUGCAUAUCUUGGAUACAUAAGCUGGAGCCCAAGGCUUGAAGUCCAAAACUUACAUGUUUUGUAAGAAGUGGCGCCACAUACACAGGGUCGGGAGUAGGGGGAGAGAAAGAACUCGAAUGGCCUUGUGCCCAUCUUGUAUAAAUCACGGUUGUUUUGAUCAUAGUUUGGUCUCAAAUGCUUUCAUCAAACAGGAUCAGCACCAUCAACCUACCAUGUAUGAUAUUGAUCAGUUAAGCUACAUACGGUGCAUCACAGUAAGCAAUAUUCAAAAUAAGACAGCA